UAUCCAUCAAUUACAAGUUGAGAACCACUGAUCGAAUCUAUUCGACCACUACCUCAGACGGACAGAAAAUAAUUUUUUUUUUUUUUUUGAGUUGAGUUUACGUGGUUACCAUUGUGUCUUGCAAUUAUAUGUGUGUCUGACUAAAUAACUCUUGAAUUCAUCGAAAACAACAACAACAACAACGACAUCGACGACGACGAUAAUAAAAAAAAAAAUAAUAACGGCAACAAGGCGAUCCUGUUGUGUGUGUAUCCACAACAUCGAACAAUAACUUUUACAUUCAAACGUAUCAUCAUCAUCAUCAUCACUGAGACAAUCGUAAAAAAUCCACCGAACGUAUCUUAUUUUUUUAAUGGACAAACCAGCUUCUUGUGGAUGAAUCAACGAUAGCCAGACGAUAAUCAAACAACUGUUCCAACAACAACAAGUGAACAUCUUUUUUAAUCAUCAUCAUCAUUAUUAUAUGCAUACACAUUCCGAUUUUGAUUCUGAAACGAAAACAAUCACAAAUAGUGAGUAGUAACGUUUAAUCUCUAUAAAAAUGGCUAACAUGUUGAAUGUGCAGGAGCUACGCCGUAACGUGAUCAAUGUGGUGAAAAAUUAUUCCGAUGCACAAGUCAAAGUACGAAAAGCAACAUCGAAUGAACCAUGGGGUCCAUCGGCAACGUUGAUGGCCGAAAUCGCUGAUCUUACCUAUAAUGUUGUUGCAUUUUCAGAGAUUAUGCAAAUCAUUUGGAAACGAUUGAAUGAUCAUGGUAAAAAUUGGCGUCAUGUUUAUAAAGCAUUGGUGUUGUUGGAAUAUUUGAUUAAAACUGGUUCGGAAAAAGUGGCCCAACAAUGUCGAGAUAAUUUAUUCGCCAUACAAACUCUCAAGGAUUUCCAGUACAUGGAAGAAAAUAAAGACCAAGGUCAAAGUAUUCGUGAAAAAAGUAAAUUGCUUGUUAAUCUGCUUAAAGAUGAGGAAAAAUUAAAAGUAGAAAGAUCACGUGCCCUUAAAGCAAAAGAACGAUUCUCUCAAUCCAUGUCUUAUAUGGGUGAACGUAGUGAUAAUGGUGAACAAGCUUUUCGUGCUUCAACUAGUUAUCCAGAAUCAUUAUCGCAUAACGAAACAUCGUCACGUGCUUUGAAUUCUGAAUUGGAAUCAGCACGACCUCAGACUGCAGGUGAAGAAAAACUUCAACUUGAAUUGGCGUUAGCCAUGAGUAAAGAGGAAGCCGAACAAGAAGAACGUUUACGUAAAAACGAUGAUCUUCGUCUAAAAUUGGCGUUAGAAGAAAGCGAGAAGAAUCGACUUAAAUCUGGCGAUGUUGGCGAAACUUCUCAUCAAUCAGCUGUCGAUGAACUGCUCAGUCUGGCUGGCCCAAGCACCAGCAGCCGUGUCAAUGAUCCAUGGUCUUCGACAUCAACACCAGCCACAGCGCCUAUAUCACAGUCAUCCACAUCAGCCGGUUCGUUGUUGCCUUCUCCACCGAUAAAUAGCAAAAGUCAUAGGGUGGUAACAAAUCAUCAACAGAAUGAUCCUUGGUCUACAGUACAGCCUACCGGUUCGAAUUCCAUGGAUUUUGAUAACUUGAAAUCGAAUAGUUUGGCUUUCGAUGAUCCAUGGUCGACAACAUCUUCAUCACAGGCUCCGGUUAUUGCUUCCAAUGAUCCAUGGUCAUUGAAUACUACUGCUAUUGGUCCGAAUGUUGCAAGGAAUGAUCCCUGGAAUUCCCCAUCUUCAUCAGCCACAUUGGACAAAAAAUCAUUUGAUGGAUUGCCUGAACCAGUAAAGACAUCGACAACAACUCCAAUUCGUCGUACACCAGAAAGUUUUCUUGGUCCAAAUUCAAAUCUGGUAAAUUUGGACGCAUUGGUCAGCAGUAGCAAAUUGCAAAGUUCUACAUCACCGAACAACAAUCCAUUUGCAUCGGCCGUUCCACAACCAGUAAUGAAUCCGUUCCAGGCUAAUAAACCAUCCCAGCCAACCAUUAACGAAUUACGAGCACAAACACAAGGCAGUGGAAUGUUGAUUGGAUCGGCACCAAUUCUCAUAUCGUCAUCACCAUCAUCAUCAGUCAAUACUACUGUGCCCUUUUCUUCAUCGUCGUUCCAUCAAACCAGCAACAAUUUUACGACGUUACCAUUGUAUCCACAAUUGCCGCAAUUGUCAUCUUCGUUACACAGUAGUAGCCAACAGAAUUCUGUAUGGGGAAAUUCAAAUAAUGGCCAAUCGUCUGCCUUUACAUUGUCAUCACCAAAUAAUCCGUUUGCAAUGUGAUCCCACACACACACACACACACACACACACACACAAAAAUACACCUCUCUCUUGCUAGGCAUUUCCUUUCCCUUUUUUCACCUUUAGUUGCAUUUUUUUUAUCGAUUCGAUUUGACCAGUGAUUUAUUAUUGAUGAUGAUGAGAGAGAAAGAGAAACAAAAACGUUUUACCUCUGACUGUAUAUAUCGAGGACAAAACAACUUGACUUAUCAUCGAUGUAUGAUUUAUUCUCUUUAGACAAUAACAAUGAUUUUAUUUAAUGAAACGCAGCACACACACACACACACACACACACUGACCUAUGUAUUACACACAACGGAAUGAAGGCUAAAUGUAAUGACUUUUUCAUAAUUUGGUAAUAAAUUCAAUCUUGAUAUCUUCA